CCCAAUAAAAACGAAGAUGAUACUUAUAUAUUAGUUUAAAACUAUUAAGUUCUAAACGAUACGGAAUUUAUUUUCACUAAUACAAAAAUAAUAGACCAGGCUAGCGGUCUCUUCUAGUGUGGUUUUUCAAGGUCACAUGGUAAUCAUUAUGUAAAGCAUUUUGAUAGUCAACGAUAGGCAUGAUCAAUUUUAGUCAAUAAAAAUAUCAAAAAAUGACUGAUGACGUAGACGGGGCUUUAUUCUCACGUAUCCCCAGUAAACAGUGUGACCUUGACCAUCCGUCAGUAAAACCUACUGAGCAAGACUACGUAGACGGUGCUUUAUUUUCACGUAUCCCAAGUAAACAGUGUGAUAUUGACCUACCUACAUCAAAAUCUAAUAAGAAAGACAAUGUGGACGGGGCGUUGUUUUCAAGAAUACCCAGUCAGAAAGAUGCGUCAGGGCGAGAAAAACGACCGAAAGAAAGUAAAUAUACGGAGAAAGAUGGCGACAAGGAUACAUUGGAAUGUACAAUUAGACCUGAAGAUUUGAGUGACGAUGACAAUAUUGAAGCUGCAUCAAACUGUAAUGAUCCAUUGAUCAAUAAAGAUAAUAUAGAUAUGAACAAGGGAGAUGAGGGUGAUAGUUCAUCCAGUAGUUUAUACCCAAGUGACCAAUCAGAUGGUAUACAAGGUUCUCGUACUCAUUUACACGAGCUUGAUGAUGAACCGCAAAUUAUUGCGCACAGCUCUUCAACGUUCUACACGCAGCCACCUUCAAGUGAUAAUUUAAAUAAUGACCCUGUAUCUGAACAGAAUACUUCUCAAGGCAACGAUGUUUCAUUUUAUGUUGAAGGCAAUGAAGAAGAUAUCGCUGGAUCUUCAGAGUUAAACCAUACAGGGCAGGAUGAAAGUUACACAGGUAACAACAAAAGUUCACAAGAGCUUAUAGAGAUGCCUAUACUUAUUGACGACAAAACUAGAAAGCUAUCAACUGAACAAACUGCCUCGGAAACACGUGACGAUUGUGAUUCCCCAAAGGCGACAAAGCCGGCACCAUGUUGCAACUGUACUUGUUGGAAUGUUACAAAGGCAUUAAUAUUUCCUAUUGUGUCACUAAUAGUUUAUUUCUGGGACAUUGGAUCGGAUAUUCGUCUUGCUGUCAGCUACAAGGAAAAUGGAGACAUUGACUUGUUUUGGAUCACGUUGGCUUGUAUAGUUAUUCCACAUGUUCUGAUGGCCAUCGUUGAUGUAUCCUGGGUGUGGCUUGACAGAAAGAGGGGAAAGGCACAAACAUGUAGAAUAAUUCUGGGGUGUUUAACAUUAGGACGAGUGGUUCGUGCUUUCAACUAUAUUCACCAGAUAUACAAAGUAAAACUUAUUCCAAAGAGCAACGACGGAGAAAUAAGUCGUGACGGAAGUACACGAAGAUGGCAUAAAGCGCGUGCUCGGGAAGAAAAGAGGGAUUGUUUCUUCUUAGACUUUAUUAACGCUUUCAUGGAAUCAGCGCCACAAUUGUUUGUACAACUCUACUUAUAUUAUGCUUAUGAUUUGGAACUUACUUUUAUCAGAGUUAUAAAUCUGUUGUCAUCAUGGAUCAGUAUUGCUUGGACGUAUGCAGCAUAUUAUCGAAGCAAUAGAGAAGUUAUAGCAGGGAAACAAGAUGUCAAGUUUUUAGGAUUUGCCUUCUUCUUUUGUUCUGUUCUGUCAGCAUUGGCAGCGAGGUUCAUAUGUACAGCAUUAUUUCUAGUCAAUUAUUAUACAUGGAUCGGCGGAAUAUGUUUAUUUGUACAUUUUUUCGUCAUGUUCUUAUGGAUUAAAUUCAAAGAACGCCCAGCGCUUGAGGGAACCAUUAGUGAGACGUGGUUUUGUGGACGCUUUUUGUAUUACGUGUUCUUUGCUUAUGUAAGCAUUUUAUGCUUCAUGAACUUGAAUAACACCAAGGCGAGAAAAAGAAUGAUUGUGUUUUAUGUAGUAAUUUAUAUAGAAAAUACGUUAAUGGCAGUUUUCUCGUUUCUUAAAAUAACUGAAAAUGAAAUUGGAACCUAUAAGGUUGAACACCUCCUAGUACUUCCGGUCGGUUUUAUACUACAUGUUAUUUUACUAUUGAUUUAUUAUCUGUUUUUACACCCUAAGCGGCUUUGUAAUAAUUGUGAAUCACCAUGUGCCUGUAACAGCUAAAUCUUUCUACAAUAAAUUGUAUUAAAAAAUUAUUGAUUUAAAC